CGGCCGCGCUUCCCUACUCGCGGAGCGCUUCCGGCGGGGCCUGGUGUCAGCGCCGCGGCCAUGGCGGAGCUGACGGACGCGGAGCUCCGGAAGGAGCUGAUCGCGCUCGGUUACCGGCCGGGGCCCAUCACCGCCACCACCCGCAAGGUCUACAUUAAGAAGCUGGGCUGCCUGCGAGCCGAGGUGGCGGCGGCCAAGCGCAGGGGCCGCGGCGCGCCGCCCAGCCCGGCCCGCACCCCCGCCAGGCCGCAACAGGCCUCGCCUUCGCGGCAGCGCGCCGGCUUCGACCUCAGCGCCGUCGGGGCCGCCCGCGACAGUGAGGAGGAGGAUGAGGAGGAGGAUGAGGAGGAGGAUGAGGAGGAAGAGGAAGGAGGGGGACAACAGCCCGCGUCCCGCUGGGGGACGUCUGGGGAGGGUGGCGGGCUGGCCUGGGGGGACUCCCGCGGGUCCCCCCCGGGCCGCGGCGGAGGCCUGGGCACCAGCGCUGAGGGAGGCCUGUCCCGGGACAGCUUUGGGGGGCUCAGCACCUCAGCGCAGUGGGGGACGUCUGUGGAGAGAGGUGGAGGGGCCGGGCUGGGGGCGUCCCUGGAUGGGCAUGGGGGGCUGAGCACCCCUUCGCAGUGGGGCGCAUCUGCAGGGCGCAGCAGGGGGCUCAGCGCUGGGUUGGGGGUGUCCCCAGAUGGGUUCGGGGGGCUGAGCUCCACGUCCCAGUGGAACACGUUUAGUGAGAGGAGCUCAGAGCUCAGCGCUGGGCUGGAGCCAUCCCGGGAUGGGUUUCGGGGCGCAGGCUCCUCGUUGCAGUGGGACAUGUCAGCAGAGAGAAGUGGGGGGCUGGGCACUGGGUUGAGGCCAUCCCUGGACAGGUUUCGGGGGUCGAGCACCACAUCCCAGUGGAGCCCGUCCGCAGAGAGAAGUGGGGGGUUUGGCGUCAGGGCUGCGUCGGGGACAUCCCUGGAUGGGGUCGGGGGGCUGAGCUCCGCGUCCUCCUGGGGUACCUCCGCAGGCAGGAGUGCGGGGCUCGGCCCCAAACCCCUUCCCAGCGAUGAGAGCGGGCCUCUGAAAUCCAGGAGCUACUGGGGCACGUCGGGAGGAGGAACUGGGGGGCAGAGCUCCCGAGCCCAGUGGGAGACAGCAGGGGAGAGGAAGGGGCUCCCCUCUAACAGCUUGUGGCGGCGGGAAAGCGAGGUGACACCCAGCACCCACUGGGGCGCCUCGGGGGGACAUGGGGGCUUGAGUCACCACUUUGGGAGAGGGAAAGAGGAUUUGGCUUCCAGUGCUCGGAAGGAGGCGGACAGGGAGCUGAACCCCAGCGGGUGGGGGGGGGGCCUGAUCCGGCGGUUCCCGUGGAGGGCUGCAGGCGAUGCGGGGCUGACCUCGGGGAGCUGGUGGGACAGGUCGGGAGCAGGACAGGGAGUGACCUCCCGCCCUCGCUUGUUGCGGUCGACCCCCAAGCAGCAGACGGAGGGAAAGGCCAAAGGCCUCGAGUACUACCUCUCCCAGUUCCUUUGCCUCGCCAGCUUUGUGCUGCUCAUGAUUUUCCUGGGCAUCCUCAUGGUGAAGAUGAUGGGGUCAGGCUGGCUUGACAAGAGAGAGGAGAGCUUUAAUCUCUUGCCUGUGGAUUGUGACAAAAGAACGGAUGAUUUCUGUCAAGCUAAACAGAAGGACAUAAUAAUGAAUGUGCUGCACGAGCUGUAUAACUACUUGUCCAUACAAGCUGGUAAUUUUGAAUGCGGAAACCCUGAGAAUCUAAAAAGCAAAUGCGUUUGGGUUAGUGAAGCGAGGGAUCACGUGGUGAAUGUAACUAGUAGUUCCCCACAGAAGUUUGACGCUGCCCUGCACUGGAUACUAAACAGUAACAAGGAUUUAGGAAUAUGGUUAAAAGGCAGAGACCUUUCGGAACCAGUUACCAAAGUGGAGGAAGUGUUCUGUCUCGAGUCGGCCCAUCCUCAGAUGGGGCUUGGCUGCCGUUUCCGUCGGGCAAUGGUCACUGCCAUCACGAACCUUUUCCUGUUUUUCUGGAGUCUGGUAACUCUUUGGGCGAUCCUGAUCUUCCUUAGGUAUCGCUGGCGGAAGAUGGAGGAAGAGGAACAAGCUAUGUAUGAAAUGGUGAAGAAGAUCAUAGCUGUUGUUCAGGAUCACUAUAAGGAAUGGGAACGGAAUUUGGAGCGUUACCCCUAUGUCGGCAUUUUCCACGUUCGGGACAGCCUCAUCCCUCCUCAGAGCAGAAAAAAAAUGAAACGGGUCUGGGAGAGAGCUGUGGACUUCCUGGCUUCAAAUGAGUCACGGAUUCAGACAGAAUCGCACAGAGUAGCAGGAGAAGAUAUGCUUGUGUGGAGAUGGACUCAGCCUUCUUACCUCUCUGAUUCAGAGCACUGAAGAGGAGCAGAAGUUGAGCAACUGUCGCUGUGGACCUCUGCAAGGGGACAGCCCCUUCUCUGGUGGUGGGAAAGAGCAGGUCAUGGUCCUAAUCUCCUGGGGUUGGGGAUUGCACGUAUCUGUUUGCUCUUCUUUCUGAAAAUCUUCACACACAGAAAUUCAGGGCAAUAACAUUGGCUUGGAAGGAAAAUGGACUUGAGCUGGUGGGAAGCCAGAAUGGCACCAAAGUUAGCCUUACAGUAGAUAUCUGGCUUCCAUAGGCAAGGAAACCUAGAACAACUCUUUUAAAAAAGAAAAAAUAAACGCAUACUUAAUAUUGAGGGGCUUAAGAUCUCUGUAAAGUUUAGGUGUUCAAAAUUUGACCUCAGUUCUGCAAAGGCUGACUGGUGGCAACAUCCAUCAGGGAAUGUGUUUAAAGAUUAACAUUUCCCAUGGAAACAUUAGGGUGGCAGUUAAGAUGCAUUUUAUUAGAAUUUGUUUUUAUCAUACAAAGAAAGCACUUGCUUCUUCCUGGCGAGGAAAUGUUUGUGUUGGCUUCACCCUUUAAAAAUGGGGGAGAGGGGGGAAAAGUGGGGUGAAGGUUGUCCUAGAGGGAGGGCAGUCUGAUGUGCCUUGGCAGGAUGGAAGAGUGGUUGUGACGCUGUUACGCGCUUUUUUUUUGCCUUUUUUUUUUUUUUUUUACUUCUUUCUUUUUUUUUUUUUAAGUCUGUGUGCUUUAUGAUUUCUGGGGGGUGGGGGGGGUGGGGAAAUAAAGGAUGUAGGAAGCUUCCAAAAGCGCUUUCUUGUGGCUCUAGCCAAAGGGACUGCUUUCUAUUAAAGAGCAGCUUUGGAAAGGCUGUUUAGGGCUGAAUGUAUGUGUUUAUCCUGGGCAGCUGCAAUGUGUGUGCCGUGUGUCAGAGCAGAGAUGUACCAUGUGUGGAGUGUCGAUACAGGGAUUGCCAAGUCAAUGUUCCUGCAGCCUCACAAUAGGCGCGAGGAGCAGCGAUCAAUCCUCUGUUUGUGCCGCAAGCAUCAUAUUUCGUAUCUAUAACUGUUUGGUUACUUAAGUUUCUUUUUAUGUCCAGCAAACCAGUGUUUGUUUCAAAGAAAAUGGCAUCAGUGUGUGGCAGUUUAGGCUAGGCAGAGAUACUGCUAAUCUGCUCUUCCUGAUGUUGUUAAACAACUGUCCAGCUCACCGCUAAGGCAGCAGGGACCAAAUUAAUUUCUGGCAUAAGCUCGUAAAACCUGCAGAGAGAAGCCAGCGUUGAUUUGAACCCAUGCAACGAGUGGAUGUUGUUCUCCUUAGCAUCACAGGUACAGCGUGAAUGCUUGCAUUCAUCUGACGCUGGAUGCACGGAAAGCUUCCUCUCGAGGCUCUGGGUUGGCUUAGGACGGCUGCCGGAGCCCGGCUCCCCGCUCGGCAGGCUGGCCAUGUACAAGGUGGGUUCCCUGGGCCGGUCCCUGCUCACCUCCCGGUGUGAAGUCUGCACUUCUCUGCCCCGCUGCUGGCUCUGGGGGGGGUUCCACCCGUGUGCCCCGCAGGCUGCUGCGGAAGGGCCGCCAGACUCCUUCCGUACCUCCUGCUGGGGGUCUUCAACCAGAACGAGCGGAGAGCGCAGAUUUCUCCAGGAACAAAACACGGGGAGGGCAGUUGACUCUUACCCCAUGUUUUCUUUUCGGUUGCAGAGGUAGGGUGUUUGAACACAAGAGGACACUCAACAGCUGUCUUCAGGACCAGCUUUUUCCACUGUUAAUAAAAUAGGGAAUAAAGUGAAGGCAGCCUUGAUUCUUCUGAAAUUUUGUAACAAGGUCAUCACUGCUGCCGUAGCAAUCUUUGCAAACACCGGUGCCUACACUCUUAAGCCUUUCUAAAAUAUUUGUGGGGUUUGGGUUAGCUUUUUUUACCCGUCCAAAUCCAGAAGUGAAGAGUCAGGCAUUGCAGUCAUCUUUUUGUAUUAAACUCGUUUUUGUAGAACAAUUUUCACUGGCUUGGUGCUGUUUAUAUGUUCGGCUCUGUAAAUCACUAUAUCAAAUAAAUUUAUUACAAAUGA